GCACCCCAGAAUGGGUGACUGAACCAGACCCUGUCUCAAUCAAUCAGUCAAUCAAUCAAUCAAAAUUACAAAUAUCAAUGAAGCUUCUUCACUGGAUGUUGCCAUUUCAUAGAGGUAACAGAAUAAUUGCUUAGAAAUGUUCAUCAGAAUUGAAAGGAAAUGCUUAAGCUGUAAUUUACUUUUACCUAGAAAAAUGACACAGAACUAAUCUAUGCUAGUGAUGUUCAUGUCUGCCCAGCUCCAAUGCCAAGACCUUCUUUCUCAAAUAUGCAUCAUCCUAACACUUCCAGCCAUCACAAACAUGACUCUAGGGAAGCCAAAGUGAUUAUCCCAUUACGACUACAAUACUACACAACAAAAGAGCACUUUUAAAAGCACACACGAGAGGUUUUAUAAAUAUGACAAAUAUGAAGCCUUUGAGAGAAAUGAAGUUCAUAUUCAGAGUGAAAAGAAGUAACAAGAAUCUGAAUUCAAUAAUUAAUUCUCGGCCCUUGUCACUGGAUCUGAUGGGAGGCGCAGGUCUGGAUCAGAAGAUGUCAGGCUCUGAGGAGCUUCCUCAAGGCAUGCACCAGAUACAGCCACACAGAAAGCGAACCAUGUUUAGUGAGAAGCAACUGGAAGCUCUGAGCAUCCUGUUCAAUGAGAACCCAUACCCAAACCCCAGCCUUCAGAGAGAGAUGGCCUCAAAAACUGACAUAUACCCGACAGUACUGCAGGUUUGUUUCAAGAACCAUAGAGCAAAACUGAAGAAAGCAAAAUGCAAGAACGUGCAGCAAAAACAACCCCCUCGACAGACACCGAUACCUGAAGAUGGAAUCAAAACCAAUCCCAGCCAGAGAAAUGCGGACGUGCAACCCAGAUCCCCGAAUCCCACCUGUCCUGUAGGCCUCGUCUAUGCAGGUCACCAGGCACCCUCAUACCAUUUGAGCUUAUACCCCAAGGUCAAGGGCCCUGUGGAUGUCUUCCUUGGCCACAGAAUAGUCCACUUUGGCUGCUGCCAAGACCCUAACAUUUACUGCCUCUAUCCCAUUGUGGAAUCCCAGGUUGGCUCUCCACGCGUCAGUCCUCAUGUUUUUGGCUGUUCACUUCUACAAAGCAGGGAGAGACAGAUGCCAGACGUAAAAGGCCACAUGUAAUGAUUCCCAUGCAAGAGAACACAAGGGGUAGACAGGCUUGCAGUAAAGGACAUGGGUUUCAGAAACACACAGAAGGCUAAAUGCUGUAUAAUUCCAUUUAUAUGAAUUCCUAGAGCAGGGAAAAGAUCAGUGGUGUGGCUGCCCACGUGGAAAGAAUUAAACAGAGGCACAAAACAAAUUUCUUGGGGUGAUAGAAAUGUUUCAUGUCUUAAUUAGGGUGGGAGGUACUUGGGGGAGUAAAUUCAUCAUAACACUGAGAAUUGUACGUCUAAAAUCUGAGCAUUUCAUUUUACGUAAAUUAAACCUCAAUAAAAACUAUAUAAUGAGGGGGCAGGGGAGCAUGGGCAAUAUAAGUAACCUUAACAUUUGUAC